CCAAGAAGAAGAAGAAGAAAAAGUAAACGAAGAAGAGCGCACAACCGGAUGUUUGUUUCGUUUGGUCCCGGAGAGCGGGAGACGGCAGAUUAAAUGAGACGAUGGCAUCACAAGCGCCAGACGUAAACGUCUCGCCGGGACUCUUUGUGACUGCUGAAGGAAAGCCACUGUCCUUCUAUUUGCGACCGGGUCCCAUCAAAAAAGAACUCCACCCUCUCAUCAAAGCCAGGGGAGGCACCAUGUGCAAUUUCCAGAAGCCUGGAUCCAUUUUGCUUAUUGACCCGAAGGAAAAAGGCAUCACAGCAGGCACAGCUCAUCUGUACGUCUCUAUCCAGUUCAUCCACGAUUGUGUGGAAAAGAAUGUGCUGCUGAAUCUCGAGGACUAUAGAAUGAAAACCGGAACAGUCCCGAAAAGUCAAACAUCUAGCAAGGACAAGAGGAAGUCUCCUGACAAUCCAGGAGGCAGGCAAGCGUACAGCCCCAGGGAUGACGCCGCCAUUCUGAAAUUUGUCAGCCGCCGAAAGUUGGAAGUUAAGGGCAAUACUCUCUGGAAGCAGAUGGAAAAAGAGUGUGUAACCACUCACAGUUGGCAGUCAAUGAAAGCCCGUUACAAAGAUCACCUGUUUCACAAACGCGCAAAAGACGUCGAGGAGUCGGAAGCAAUUGCGGAAGACGUGCAGGACAGCAAAGAAGCUCAAGUGUCAGACAGUUCGUCUUCUGAAGAUGAUGAAGAUGCUGCUGCUAAUCCUCAAAUGGACUCAACGCCAAAAGACUCGCCAUCGACUAACCCGGGUGAAGAUCUAACAAUGAGUGACCAGCUCGUUGCAUCUGAAAAAGGAUCUUCGAGUGAUACCCAAACUCUAACGCCCAGCCCUCUCCAGCACGAGAAGAAAACGCUAAAUGAUGAGCUCAAACCAGAGGCGACUGUUGAAGAUGAAACGCUCGAGUCCUUGCGGCCGGAGGAGAGCAUUGAACCAGAACCAGAAAAAGACCAGCCGCAAGCAAAGGCAUCGCCUCUGUAUAAAUCACCCGAGAGCAUAGAGGCCGCCCGAACCGAUGAUGAAGAGGAGGCUUUGCAUGUGGCUUGCCGCUGGAUGCGCAAACAGUUUAAGGAUUGUGAGAUUGAAGAACAGUCCAGCAGAACGCUCCUUUCAUCCGCUCCAUCAUCAGCAUCAGCAAGUUGUGGCAGCCACCUGCCAUCCUCCUCUCCCAUCCUCAGGAAAACCAAGUUAGGCUCGUCCUCCGUCCAAAAAGAGAUCAGCAAGAAUGAGCCGCCUUCUAAGCGAGCAAAAGGAGAAAGCUCAGCAGCAGCGGAAGAGGAUGAUGCUGGAGAAGAAGAAGCAGCAGCAGCAGCAACAGCAGAAGAAGCAGAGAGUCAACAAAUGGAUGCUGAGCAGCUUUCUGCCCCACCACAAGCAAGUCCAUCUCAUGACAACCAGCCAAGUGAGUCUGGGCCUCAGCAGGAAGAGAGGGAGAAGAAGAAGAGCCGGAACCAGAGAAUAAUUGAGAGGGCCACAAAAGAGUUUUUGGGCAGCUCCAGCUCCUCUUCGAGCGACAGCGACAGUGAGUCUUCUGAAGAUGUUUUCCAAACGGCUCCAUUUACACAAUUGGCCUCCUUGGACGUUUCACCGUCCCAUGCCGAUUCGCGGCUCACUCAACAAGAACACGGUGAAAAGCAGACCCUGUCUCAGGGCUAUUUGUCUCAGCAACCAAGCUGUGCGGUCAUGGAGGAACCUGAAGCUGAACUGGAUGGCGAAUCUCAGGAAGAAGAUGGUGUCCAGGAAGAUGACCAUGGCCCUCCAGAGCAAGCCCAGUUAGAGGAGGACAAGCGGCGUAUCAGAGAACUGAUGAAGCAGACAAACCAGGACUUGCAGUCGGUGGUUAAAGCCUUGCUGAAGACUAGCGGCGACUUCACCGCCGCCUUACGCCUCCUUUCUAAUCCCGCGGCCUUACGUACGCGGCUUUGGAGCCGCCAAGACGAUGACCUCCUGCGGUUGGGCGACCCAGCCGACCUCCAGCGACUUCAGAGGAAGCACGGCGAAGUGGCCUUGGCCAAGCGGUCAGUCUUCCUCAAAAUAGACAGCAUGGCGGGAUCAUGAUUUUACUCAUGGGGUUGCACACAAGACACAGGUAAGUGGCACAAGGUGACCGCAUCGCUCAGCAAAUACUUUUCCUAUACCCCUUUCCAUGUCAAAGGUUGAAUAAUUUUAUUUUCUAUUCUCCGUAUUGUACAAUGAACAGCAUUUACUUUUCUGUGUUGUGCGAGUAAGAAAUAUUAAUAUAAAAUUUUAGGUAACUAAUAUUUUCAAUGGGAGAAUCAUAUUUUCAGUAUUCACACAAUAUGACAAGAGUCAACGAAUGUUUCCCUCUCACUGUUUAUUCAACUUACCCCAACAUUGAGCACAUUCAUUAUUUUUUGCCCCAGACCCACACGACUAUGUUAAUAUUUAUUUUGAUAAAGAAGAAAUAAAUGAACAAAUGGAUGGAAACAAAAUUAAAGGACCCUCACAUGGCCAUGAAUGCAACUUUUGUUACGACCUGCAUUGUCGAAGUCAUUCAAAGGAGAUACUAAUUGGUACACACACACAUCCAUUUUUAAAAAGUAGUAUAAAAAAGAUUUUUAGUACGAAAUAUUCACAUCCUUGCAAGUCAAGCAAGCACACAUCCCUGCUUUUUAAACCUUUUUAACAGCUACUCACAGCUUUAAUGCGUAAAUCAACAGCCUUGUUACAAAGACUCGUUUUUAAUGAAACGUAAAAUAAAAAGCUCCUGAUGUAGAACAUAAUUCGUACAUGCAUACAUCGACAUAUACUAUACGUAUAUGAUGUACAGUGAUGCUCACUCUCGUCUUAACAUAAUCCAUGGUUAUUAUAUCUUGUCAAAUUAUGGCAAAAGUAAAGGAAUACUACAAAAAAAAUGUAGCAAAUCUGUAAUCAGCGUCAGUGCCUUUUUGUUUAAAACGGCACAAGUUUCGAAAAUAUGCUACAAAAUAUACUAUCUUAUUUUUCCAGUACAAACAUGCUGGAAAAAAGGUAUUUUGAUAACAUUCUGCUUAAUUGGUAGUUAUUUUAGGUUAUACAUUAGAGUACAAACGCGUUGCGGAAACAUCACAUCUGCCCGCAUGCGUCUUUUCUUCUUGACGCGGAAUUAGCAGCGUUAGCACUGAAUAACAAAUAGAUUUGUAAUGUACAGUGGAAGCUCUAAAGUGAAGCCCCGCAAUGGUGGUAGAAUUUGGAAUUCAAAUGAUUUAGAAGAAAUAAUUUUACUCUGUAUGCUUGAGUGUUGGGACGAGAGGUCAAGCAACAUGAAGAAACCGGUGUUCCACUUUAAAGCGUCCACUGUUUUAGCUAAAAGGCCUCUGGGCUAAUGCAAUGUACAAUACACACAUUGAUGUUGCAAUGCAUUAAAACACACACACACACACAAAAGCAACUUUAGAAGAAAGUACAUGAAGGCGAUUUAGGACGGUACCUUUGGUUUUUGCUUUAGAGCUUCAAGGGCUCUGUUUGGUUUUAAUCAUAUUCUGGAUUUGUAUAAUGGGGGCGGUGUUCUUUCCUUUUGGAAUCAUGUAUAUAUGCUGCACAAGGCUAGAGAAGAGCAUUUUACGUUAGGAUGCAAAUAAUGUGCUUCCUGUUAGUGGAUAUAAGGCAUUACUCUUGAAUGAGGAAAAAAUGCUACUGAAAGACACACAGACAAACCUGAAUUAAAGCGUUAUGCGCUGUAGAAAAAACACCUGCUUUGGUUAGAAGGCUAAUUGUAUUGGUUUUAGGAGAGAAAUAAAGAAGCUCGUCUAUAUGCAAGUCCAGCCCCAUUGCAUAGAACUUCUGUAGUGCACUGAUGCAUUUAGAAAAGAAAAAAAAAAGGGCUGUGCUCUUUUCCCCCUUUUCAACAGCAAAACAUUCUGGCAACAACAAUCCAAAUGUCUAAAAGUGGAAGUAAUUUGUAGCCGGGUCGUAUUCUGAUUUUAUCGGUACACAAUAGGGUAAUCCUAACUCUAAGUCUUAAGAUUCAAGUCUCAAGCAAGUCCUCAGUUAUUAGUCUUGGUCAGGUCUAGUCACAAAUUAUCUCAGGUCGAGUCACCUUUUUUUUUAAUGCAGUUAUAUCUACAGUAUCCGGUCUCUAUAAAGCGAUGAAGACUAAUUAGGUCAGAUGAUGUUGUCAGCCAAUAGAUGACAUUUGACACCCACCUGUUCCAUCUCUUUUGGCCUUUUGAAAGGGUGAGUAGUAUUACUUUAUUUUUUAACUUUAGUCAUCCAUUUCAUCCAUGCGCUUCCCCCAUUAGGAUUCCAGGUAAUCUGGAGCCUAUCUCAGAUUUAGGCAAAAGGCUGGACCAAUCGCGGGGCAGAUACAUCCAAACAAGCAAUUACACUCACUGGAGAAAAUUAAUGCCAGCACGGAGAGCCCUGAGCUGAGAUUUGAACGGACGAUGACUUAACUGUGAGUUAGAUGUGCUAACCGCUAAACCGACAUGCUGCGUCAUUUAAAGCAUAAACGCCACAAAACCUUAACACGUUCUCUAACACUUUCCUUUUCCCUUUCCCUUAGGUCACUCUCAAGCCUCCUCAAAGGGUGAGUCAUUUUAUUUAUUCCACAAAUAUUUGCUUUUAGUACACGGUGCAAAACAAUGUCAGUAUCAUGGACGGUGUGACCUGGAUUUUCAAAGAUGUGACGGGAAUUGACUUUGCACAACCGUG